AAAGUCAACAUUUUGGGAGAAAACCAGAAACUAGAUUGAGGCAAGGCGACUGUGGGUUGCAGCAGUUUUACAGAAAGAAAAACCAAAACAAUGAAAGCUAAUGGUUUUCUGCUCCAUGGUUUUGGUGUCUCAUUGUUAUAUAUAUACCUGUACAUUCAAACCCAUCUCUCCACAAUCAAAGAGAAUUCCAUUUCGCAGAAACAUAGAGAGAGAAGAGAAAGCUAAAACAUGUCAAGCUCAAGCACAGCUGGUCAGGUUAUUCGUUGUAGAGCUGCGGUAGCAUGGGAAGCAGGAAAGCCACUGGUGAUAGAAGAAGUGGAGGUGGCACCACCGCAGGCACUGGAAGUUCGUCUGAAGAUCCUUUUUACCUCCCUCUGCCACACUGAUGUUUACUUCUGGGAAGCCAAGGGACAGACACCGUUAUUUCCUCGCAUCUUUGGACAUGAAGCUGGCGGGAUUGUAGAGAGUGUUGGGGAGGGUGUGACAGAUCUCAAACCGGGUGAUCAUGUGCUUCCUGUUUUCACUGGGGAGUGCAAGGAAUGCCAACAUUGCAAGUCAGAAGAGAGUAACAUGUGUGAUCUCCUUAGGAUAAACACCGACCGGGGAAUAAUGCUCAAUGAUGGCAAGACGAGGUUCUCAAUUAAUGGCAAACCCAUUUAUCAUUUUGUUGGCACUUCCACCUUCAGUGAGUAUACUGUGGUUCAUGUUGGUUGUGUUGCCAAGAUCAACCCUGCUGCACCACUCGACAAAGUUUGUGUUCUUAGCUGUGGAAUCUCCACCGGUCUUGGUGCUACCUUGAAUGUCGCAAAACCAAAAAAAGGUUCGACAGUAGCCAUCUUUGGAUUGGGAGCUGUUGGCCUUGCUGCUGCUGAAGGGGCUAGAAUUGCUGGUGCUUCAAGAAUCAUUGGGGUGGAUUUGAACUCUAACAGAUUUCAUGAAGCCAAGAAAUUUGGCAUCACCGAGUUUGUGAAUCCAAAAGACCAUGACAAGCCUGUUCAAGAGGUGAUUGCCGACAUGACUGGUGGGGGUGUCGACCGAAGUGUGGAGUGUACUGGAAGUAUCAAUGCAAUGAUAUCUGCAUUUGAGUGUGUUCAUGAUGGAUGGGGUGUUGCUGUACUUGUCGGCGUGCCAAACAAAGACGAUGCAUUCAAAACCCAUCCAAUGAAUGUUUUGAAUGAAAGGACUCUCAAAGGUACCUUUUUUGGCAACUACAAACCCCGCACUGACCUUCCAGCUGUGGUGGAAAAAUACAUGAGCAAGGAGCUUGAACUGGAGAAAUUCAUCACCCAUGAAGUCCCUUUCUCGGAGAUCAACAAAGCCUUCGAAUACAUGCUAAAAGGAGACGGCCUUCGAUGCAUAAUCCGUAUGGAUGGUUAGAGCAAAGAAGAAUUCAAGACUACGCGGUCUAUGAUGAGUGUAAAAUGAAACAGUGAAAUUGUGAUGAGGGAUUGUGUGUGGCCUUUUUACUUUCUUUCGUAUGUGACUUUCUUGUGCUUUGUAUAUGAACAGAAUAAGAUGCCUUGUGUGUACAAAGAUUCAUUCGAGUUGCUGUUG